AUGAUUGGUCGGAUUAUUCUUCAGGGUUUGGGAUCUACUGUUGCCCAAGCUGAUAUUGGUGAGAGGGCUGAGAGGAUGGUGGCUGAUUUCUCUAAAGUGCAGCCGGUGAAAGAGUAUAUUGCUGCGCUUGGAGUUAAAAUGUUGGCUUUGUUCGAUGUCCUCAAACGACGGGAGAGUCAGUGGCGUGCGCUUAUUGCUGAGAUUGGGCUUGAAAUCAAGGCGAUUAAGCCAUUCACACCAUUUGGUGAUGGUGUGAUGGGUGUUGCAAAGCCUUGA